ACACAACAACUGGAAGGUGGCUGGUGGGAAGGAACUUUCAAUUUGAAUACUGGAUGGUUUCCUUCAGACUACGUGGUUGUUAUACCGCCUUCAGAACGGUUCCUGCGUCCACGAGCGGGUGUUGCUGAUGGGACAGCCCCAGCCGCACCUCUCACAAACGGUGAUCAGGCUGCACAACAGAUAGCCUCUUUUGGUGCAGAUUCCAGUCGACAAGCGUACAGACAACAGAUAAUGAAAGGAUUCCUGGAAUCUGAAUUGGAGUAUGUGCAGAGUAUAACCAAAUUUUACAAUAAUGUUAUGCUGAAAAUGAAAACUUCUAAAUUGGUGAGCGAUGAGAAUUAUCAAGUGUUGUGUGGUAAUUUACAAUUACUGGUGGUACACCAAAGUGAAGUGUUCGAGAAGAUGAACGAAUCAGUUCAAAGUAAUCCGAAUAAUGCAAAGAUCGGUGGUAUCUUAUUGAGAGCAGCGCCUCUGCUGCGACAACUUCUUCGAUUCUAUUGUGAAAAUCAUCCGAAAGCUGUUGAUUUGAUUCUACGAAAUAGGUUUCUUUUCUACUUUUCGUUUUCGUUUAGAAGUGAAUAUGAAAGGAUCGCAGUUGAGUUAGGAUAUUCACUGAAGAAUUUAAUAUCGGAUCUGAGUCGUCCAUUCCGACAUUUGGAAACUUAUGCGAGCACGUUAAAUGAACUUGAACGAAGCAUGAGUGAGUCACAU